UCCUCAAUUAUUUAAUAUCCACGCUUCCAAAAAUGAAUAGAUCAAAGGGUGAAUUUAUUUCUACUUCUCGGCAGAAACUUACAUUAGUCUUAUAACAUAUAACAUGCAACGAAAAAGUUUGAUUACAAAUCAGUCGUAAUCGAUCAACAUAGCGUAAUAUAAAUUCACUAUAGAGAUCCACUUUGAUCAUUACCUUGAUAAUAACGUAUUAAUUCCCACGAAGAAUAAUAGAUCACGAGGUUAAAUCAUGAUCUGACGAACGGUAGAAUAAUGUAUAAAUGCGGGAAAGGAAUGGCCGGGUGCUUGUUCAAAGGGGUUUCUGGAUGGUUGAAAGAGAAAAGAGGGUAAAGUGGCCGAGUUCUGAUCGAGGGAGGACAGCAGAGAAUUCUUCUUUCUCUUCUUACCAACUUUUACCCGAGCGAGCUUACUUCUGUGCCUUCAAUUUUCCCUGUUCGAUUCGCCACUCUUAUUCAGUCGUCGAAAAGCUAAGAAACGAAUGUACUUUUCUUCGAUACACUGUGCCGUCGUCAUGGCUACCAUCGUCUUGGAUAAUCUUCUGCCUCUAAGGACAUGUUCUCCGUUAUAUCAGGCCAUUUUAUUUCUCAGUUCGACAAACUUAUUUCCAGCUAGUAGCUUAGUUAUGCGAAAAGUGUGAGCAUCGACGAUCGAUGGCAUCAAUUUUGAAAAUUUUGAUCGAUUAACAAGAUCAAAUAAAUUUGAGUUUCGUUAAAAAUCAGGUGUUUCCAUGAAAAUGACUUCUUUCUCGUCGCAUCAACAACUUAGUGUUUAUUUAAAAGAAUGGAAAGUUACGAUUAUAGAUUGUUACAUAAUCGGCAGCAUUUCGAGCAAUUUAACAGCUUUUGUAUUGAUUUAUAAUCUUUUAAAUCGUUCUUUAUACUGGAUUUUAUAUCGAAUUGCUGUCUACAUAGCUCUUUUAUCGCAGGAUGAAUUUAUUGUUAAUGUGGCAUUGCGCAAUUCACAAAAUGAUGGGUGUCUUCUCUUAAGGAUAUGAAGAUACAUGGUUUUAAUGUUCUAUCUUAAUUCUGGAAAUUAUGACUCGAUUAAAGUCAAUUAUCAAAUUAUUAUUUGCUUUUAUCUGAAAGGAUUCGUUCAUUUCAGGAUAAAAUUAUUUCAUUUUCUCUUCUAACUGCCCUUUUGGAUUCCCUCGGUCAAUUCUUAUAGCGGAGAAAAUGUCAUUAACAGAGAGAAGGACUCAAGCCUGGAAAGACAAUUUCCUGGUGUCUCAUGGUUCACCAUUUCCUUUGACUAAAGUUGUUCGUCUAUUCUGUACCACAAGAAUCCACGGGCUUUGAGUCAUCAUAUUCAGCCGCUUCUUAACAGCUUUGAUCACUCUGCUGCUAUUAAUAUGUCACUAUAUCUGUUACUAUAUCUCUUUCGUAUAAUUGGAAAAAAUACAUAACGCGCUCUUCGUUCAGCGAUUAUGCUAAAAACCAGAUUAAAAAAGUGUACGUUCGCGUGAAACGUUUCAUAUAUGGUGGUUAUAUUCGAUUGAAAUUAAAAUUAAAGCUCGAUGGAAGUUAAAACGCAAAUUUCAACAUUUUGAUUGAACAUUGAAAUUUACCUGAAUUCAGAUUGCGAGAAAUAAAAUAUAUCAAAGUAAUUGGUUUAAUUGUUUUAUAUAUAAAGACGGCUUUGCUUUUCGAUUUAACAUUAAAAAUUUGAAAAAUCAAUAUUUUCAUUAAAUUUCCAUUUGAACGCUUCGAGUUUAAGAAAGUCCGAUGUUAAUUAUAUCUGCCAAGUUUUUUUAAACAAUAUUUAUUUAACGUUACGCUUUCUGUUGCUAAAGUCAUGUUAACAUGAUUAACGAUUAUGCUUAGGGGAGGCAUGACGCGGAAGAAAUAGUGUAUUAUUCGCAGCCAUUCGUUCUCACGCUGGCAAGAGGAAAAGCUAUCGGCAAAUGUAAUGCAUUAUGUAUGAGUGCGUGAUAUUCGAGUAAAACGGAGCCGAUUCAGAAAAUGAAGCCUCUUUAAGAAUCGCCACAGUCAAGGGUAAUACCUAUGAACGACUUUUUCUUUUCUGCGCUUAUCUUGGUAAAAAUAAUGCUUGGAUAUUUUCUUUUCUCGAAAUAUAUUAUUUCUCCGUUUCGUUAUUAAUUCUACGACAGCGAUAUGUUCUUUCAAUUCUAAUUCAAAUUCAAAAUAAAAUUAAAAUUCGAUUCUACAAGUACCAUCAAGGUGCUCGUGAUUAAUUACGUACAGGAUAAAAAUAAAAAGAAAGAAACAAGAAAAAUCUUAUGAUCUAGAACCGACGAUAGAUAUAAGAAAAUUUCUAACACAAGAAAAUCCCAUUAACCUGAAACGUAGACUGUGCUCUCAGGCACAUCUCUAAAUCCGUACUCAUGUACUUAUAUAUAUACAUUAAAGAUUCUCAUAAAUGUAUAAAAUUGCAAGAUAUACAAGACUUGAAAAUUGUCUAAUAAGUUUCUAAUGAUAACGUACGCGAACCUUUCGUUCCAAGUUAGUAUACUUUUAAACCGAAAGUUGUUCGUAAUUUUCUUGCAACAAAGCAUCGACGUGAAAUUGUCAUCGCUCGUUUUCCGCCACGUCGACAAAUUCGAGAAGGCGUUGAAUUUUGUUGUCUCCGUAGAAUAAAUGUCAUAACCUACCUCGUUGAUGAGAGAAGAAAUGUACGAGAAUGUUAAAUUGACGGUGUAGAAAAUUAAUUUACGAGCAAUUACAGUCGCUGUCUCUCCGCGGGUCAAGGAGAGUUAUUUGUUUAAUGUUACACGUCGUUCGCAUAUAUGUAGCUUUCCCAAAGAGAUACUACGUCAAGAAGAAGAACAAUACAGAGAAAAUUAUAUUCCGCACAGAAAAUUAUAUUCAUCACAGAUGCAUUCUUGGAUUUUACGGACAACUAUUUAAUGCUUUGGUUUCCAAACGACAAGACAUCCUGAAAGAUUAUGGGAAAUUAAUAGGAUUUACGGUAACAACGCUAUAAAGUUUAUUAUCAGGACAUGGAUACGGUGAAGGAAUAUUUAGGAUACAUUAAUCCUCAUUGGGUAGCGGUGGUAGUAACAGGAAUGUACACUCAUCUUCGACAAAUCUGCAUAAUUGGCUUAUGUUUCGACGAAGAGAGUACUCCGUUCGAUCCGUCUUACGCGUCGGUGCUUUUCAUAUUUUCCGUAUUGUGCCUCUUAGCGGAAUAUAGACUUUGGCCGAGAACGCUCAAAGAGCCACCUAUUCAACUUCUUUACAUUUACGAAAUGUUGGUUGCAGCAUUGACUACAAACUUAACCACACGCGCUAUCUGGGUUCCACUCAUGCACGUCAUCUAUUGUUUAACCCAAGAAUCCAGUAAAUGUUUGCUAUGGUUGAACACAGUGUUGGGAUUAAGUCGCUACUCGUUUUUAACUGAAUUUGCAUAUUACAUGGCGAAAGAUUGUGCCGCAACGCAUAUGGCUUUCUGCAUGUCCGUAUUGUCGUUUGUUUGGAUGCUGGAUGCCACCGAAUCCUUGGACGCGAUUUUGGACACUUGGGCCAAGUAGUGAACCAGGAAAGGACUAAUGGACUAUUGGCUCUCUGUAAAUGUAAAAGGAAAAGGAUCAGUUUUGCAAAUCCAGAAGUGACAGAUUGGUUUGUAUAUAAAUUUAUGUGCAGCACAGAUUCCUUAAGUAAAUACAAGCAACCAGAGAUGUAACUCAUUGAAUUUCGUUGUUUUGUAUUUGUCUAUUGUAUAACUUUUUACAUUUAUCGAUGUACGUGUAUAUUUGCAAUAAAGUCUAUUUUUUCAUACUGCAA